GCGCAGCGGACCUUGGGGCCGCGCCCUGGGCCCGGACGGGGUCCCGAGUGCUGCAGUCAAGGCCCGACUCACAGCCUCCCGGCUCAGAAAGGUGGACCAGUCCUCGGCCCUGCCCUCCCCUCCGCUCGGGGUGGGGGUGCUGCUGCCCCGGCUCCUCCCAUGCCCUCAGCUGAGAUGCCGCGCCAGUUUCCCAAGUUGAACAUCUCGGAGGUGGACGAGCAAGUCCGGCUCCUAGCUGAGAAGGUGUUUGCUAAAGUGCUGCGAGAAGAGGACAGCAAAGAUGCCCUGUCCCUCUUCACCGUCCCCGAGGACUGUCCCAUCGGGCAGAAGGAGGCCAAGGAGAGGGAGCUGCAGAAGGAGCUGGCGGAGCAGAAGUCUGUGGAGACUGCGAAAAGAAAGAAAAGUUUCAAGAUGAUCCGAUCCCAGUCCUUGUCCCUGCAAAUGCCGGCACAGCAAGACUGGAAGGGUACCCCAGCGGCCAGCCCGGCCAUGUCUCCCGUGACCCCUGUGCUCUACGGAGCCACCUCCCCGCCCACACCUGCACCCUAUGCCAUGCCCGAGUACCAGAGGGUCACCAUCAGCGGAGAUUACUGUGCUGGGAUCACUGUGGAGGACUAUGAGCAGGCCGCCAAGAGCCUGGCCAAGGCCCUGAUGAUCCGGGAGAAGUAUGCACGGCUCGCCUACCACCGCUUUCCACGGACCACAGCCCAGUACCUGGGUCAUGGGGUGGCUAAUACUGCACUUCCAGAUGAGGGUUUCCCAGACUUCCACCCUCCCCCACUGCCCCAGGAGGACCCUUACUGCCUGGACGAUGCACCCCCCAACCUGGGCUACCUGGUCUGCAUGAGGGGGGGCAUCCUCUUUGUGUAUGAUAACAAGCAGAUGCUGGAGCGCCGGGAGCCCCACAGCCUGCCCUACCCUGACCUGGAGACCUACACAGUGGACAUGAGCCACAUCCUGGCCCUCAUCACCGACGGCCCCACGAAAACCUAUUGUCACCGGCGACUGAAUUUUCUGGAAUCCAAGUUCAGCCUUCAUGAGAUGUUAAAUGAAAUGGCUGAGUUCAAAGAGUUGAAGAGUAACCCCCACAGAGACUUCUAUAAUGUGAGAAAGGUGGACACACACAUCCAUGCAGCGGCCUGCAUGAACCAGAAACACUUGCUGCGUUUCAUCAAGCACACGUACCAGACGGAGCCUGACAGGACUGUGGCUGAGAAGCUGGGCCAGAAGAUCACCCUGCGGCAGGUGUUUGACAGUCUGCACAUGGAUCCCUACGACCUCACUGUGGAUUCGCUGGAUGUCCAUGCGGGCCGGCAGACAUUCCAUCGCUUCGACAAGUUCAACUCCAAAUACAACCCUGUGGGGGCCAGUGAGCUCCGUGACCUGUAUUUAAAAACUGAAAACUACCUGGGAGGAGAGUACUUUGCUCGGAUGGUCAAGGAGGUGGCCCGGGAGCUGGAGGAGAGCAAGUACCAGUACUCAGAGCCACGGCUCUCCGUCUAUGGCCGAAGCCCACAGGAGUGGCAAAACCUGGCCCACUGGUUCAUCCAGCACAAGGUCUACUCGCCCAACAUGCGCUGGAUCAUCCAGGUGCCCCGGAUCUAUGACAUAUUUAGGUCAAAGAAGCUGCUGCCAAGCUUUGGGAAGAUGCUGGAGAAUAUUUUCCUGCCUCUUUUCAAGGCCACAAUCAACCCUCAAGAUCACAGGGAGCUUCACCUCUUCCUCAAAUACGUGACAGGGUUUGACAGCGUGGAUGAUGAGUCCAAGCACAGUGACCACAUGUUCUCAGAGAAGAGCCCCAGCCCAGACAUCUGGAUCAGCGAGCAGAACCCGCCCUACAGCUACUACCUUUACUACAUGUACGCCAACAUCAUGGUGCUCAACAACCUUCGCAGAGAACGGGGCCUGAGCACGUUCCUGUUCCGGCCUCACUGUGGGGAGGCCGGCUCCAUCACCCACCUGGUGUCUGCCUUCCUCACUGCUGACAACAUUUCCCACGGGCUGCUCCUCAAGAAGAGUCCAGUGUUGCAGUACCUCUACUAUCUGGCCCAGAUCCCCAUUGCCAUGUCUCCUCUUAGCAACAACAGCCUUUUUCUGGAAUAUUCCAAGAACCCCCUUCGGGAAUUCCUGCACAAGGGGUUGCACGUCUCCCUCUCCACCGAUGACCCCAUGCAGUUCCACUACACGAAGGAGGCACUCAUGGAGGAAUACGCCAUCGCUGCGCAAGUGUGGAAGCUGAGCACGUGUGACCUGUGUGAGAUCGCCAGGAACAGUGUGCUGCAGAGUGGCCUCUCGCAUCAGGAAAAGCAGAAGUUUCUGGGACAGAAUUACUACAAAGAAGGACCCGAGGGAAAUGAUAUUCGAAAGACAAAUGUCGCUCAGAUCCGGAUGGCAUUCCGAUAUGAGACUCUGUGCAAUGAGCUCAGCUUCCUGUCUGAUGCCAUGAAAUCGGAGGAGAUCACAGCCCUGAACAACUAGGUCCAGCAAGCAACUUGCAUCUUAACUUUUUGGUUUAAUUUCAGACCUUCUGGGGCUACUGUGGUGAAACAAAGACACCAAACAAUGGCUUUCCUCUACGAAGAGGAUACUGCCGGAAGAAUUUCAGACUCUGGAUUUUGGUUGCACUGUUCACUUUAAAACUGAACAUGCCCACUUACGUUAUUAUUAAUUACUGAGUAAGGGUUGGUGACUUCUCCUUGGCUAUCUGGGAGCUGGUACUUGUCUGUACUUGUUCCUAAUUUUCCAUAUAUUUCUCUUGUAACUUAACUGCCAGUGCCUGAAUUGUUGGAGCCUGGAUUUUCCGUGGUCAAAUGCCAUAAGGCAUGAAGUGUGUACGAUUUUCUGUCACUCCUUUCUGUAUGCCCUGCAGGCAAAUGGUAGUCCUUCAUUUCAGCCUCUGGCUGGCUGGAUGCCUUAAAUAAAAUCGACUUCAAAGCUCCCUUUCAUAAAGGGGCUAUUUUGAGAGAAAAUAGAAGAGUCCUUUCUUGACCAUUUGUUGUUUAGGAAUUUAACCUGUUUUGUUUAGCUCCCACCCCCUUGCACCUUUCUAGUAGGAAGCAGUAAGUUACGAACAGUCACUCGUAUUCUGUGUUGGUUUCCUUGUCCUGAAAGCGGGGGCUCAGACUAGGCAAGUGUUUUCAAAUACACUGUGAUCCCCCCCCCACCCCGCUUGCAGACCACUCCAGGGUUGGGGAAGAAACACAGUGGGGUUCUGGCAGUGGUCAGCAACUGCUUUCAUCAGUUUUACAUUGGGCCUGCUAAGUAUUCUCACCUGGACUAAGGGCGUUGCAAAGUGCAGGACCAGCUGACCUGUGUUCCCUUUAGCUAUAAAUAUCCUUUGUUUGUAGCCCAAUUAUUAUUUACCCAUGAAGAGUUAGGCUAGUGAAGUUUGCUUAAGGUCACACUGCUAGUAACAGGACCAGCAUUAGAUUCAGUAGGUCUCACCAAAAAUAAUUUUUUUUAAACAAUAACCUAGCACUUUUUUGUUAAAGGCAAAAUUUCUUGCUUUAAAAUGAAGGUUUCUUCAGAUGACAUGGUCCCAGGGGACAAAUAGCAUUUUUAAAAUGCCAGUCUGCAAUUAAGGUUUAUCAAUAUAUUCUUCAUCUGUGUUACUAGUGCCUCAUUUAUUUAAAUGCUCAAAUGCAUAUGGAGUAACUCAAUGAAUCUCACCUUUUUAAGGGAAUGUGCGCGGAUUACUCAACAAGCUGCUCAAGAAUCUUUCUAAAUAUCUGUGGGCAAAUUCAGACUAUAGGAAGUCUGAGUCAUUAUAAAGUUAGAUGAAGCCAAUUUUUGCCUGGGAACAUGCUUACUUCAUUUUCGAUUGUCUUGUCCUGUGACUGUGGCUGCCCACCCAGGUCAAUUUAGUGUAUGGAACAAUAAAUGUAACCUUUUGUACUUGGAAAAUAUAUAUAUAUGCUAUCUUAUAGCUAAUAAUAAAAUCAAUGAAAGUCAUUAUCUUAGGGAUUACUUUUGAAAUUCCUCCAUUUGAAUACAUUUGCCCUAACAUAGCAAGUACUGUAGUUUUUCAUUAUCUGUAUCAUGAAUUUUUAAAGUUAUUAAAGUGUCAGGACUGUGACUCAAUUUAAAAUGAUUUCAAGUUAAUAUUUAAAGCAAAAGUGUGUUUUUUAAGACUGGGCAGGAUGAAAAGCUGUCAGUUAACUUUAUUUUUUUACUGAGACAUGGACGACACUCACUAGUGAAGCUAACUAGACCCAGAAGGCAACCUCUGCUAUCUCUAUCUCUUCUCUAACUUCUAGCCUGUUACUAGUUCAUCAGUGGAGCCGCUCAUCCUCAUUUUUCCUGGGGUAUUGCUGUAGCCUGUUCAGUCAACACAUGUUGGCUUUACCUGCCCUGCAAGCUUUUCAGACAUCCUUUUCUAGAGUACUCUGUGUAUUGUUGCACUUAACUGUCUUUUUGGGGUGAACCCCUACUUUCCUUUGUGUUCACCUGUGGAAUCAAAGGCAGUGGUAUACUGUGCCCAGGUUUCUAAAGGAAUGGAUUUGAGGUAGUUAUCCUAUAUUUAUUCUACAGGGCUUCAGUUUGCUUUAUGUGUUACUUCAAAUUGUAUUGUCAAAAUGACCACUGUAAUUACUCUUUGCUUGAUGAACAUACAUCUCAGCUUCUGGGUUGAUAUUUACUGAGGUCUGUUCCCGGCCUUUACUAUCUCCUGAAUUAAAGCAGAGUUGAAAGUACAUGUCACUGGCUUCCUCUUUUACUGUACAGGUGAAACAGUAUCGUCUCUUCC